CCGUUAAAGGGGCCGCGCCCUGGGCCCCCGCCGAGUGCGAGCCCGGGCGGAGGGCAGGGUAGGGCGUGCGUCCCGGGGAGCGCGCGGGCGGCCGGGCCCUCCGCACCAUGUACACCAUCACCAAGGGGCCCAGCAAGCUGGUCGCGCAGCGCCGCACAGGUCCCUCGCAGCAGCAGGUGGAGAGCCGGCUCGGCGAGCUCCUGAAAUGCCGGCAGCCCGCGCCGCCGACCCCAGCGCCCCCGCGGGCGCAGCCGCCGGGACCCUGGCCCCUGUCGAGUGCCCCUCUCAGCCAAGGAGGACCCCCGAGCGGCGGUGGGGCACCUGAGCCCAGGAAGGCGAGCAGGCCGGCGGGACCGCGAGUGCCUGGCGGAGUGGCACGUGCAGCCCAGGACUCCCGGCUCCCACCUCCUGCUGGCUUGGGACAGUUGCUGACCGGCUCCUCCCCCCUCUACAGUCCGGGGCCAAGGCUUGUGUUCAAUCGGGUGAAUGGUCGGCGGCCCCCUGCCACAUCUCCAUCCCUUGAGGGAACCCAAGAGACCUAUACGCUGGCCCAUGAGGAAAACGUCCGGUUUGUUUCUGAAGCUUGGCAGCAAGUGGAGCAGCAGCUGGGCAGUGGCCCAGCUGGCGCUAGUGGGCCUAGGCCUGUGCAGUACGUGGAGAAGAACCCCAACCCCCGGCUGCAGAACUUCGUGCCCAUUGACCUGGACGAGUGGUGGGCGCAGCAGUUCCUGGCCAGAAUCACAAACUGCUCCUAGCUGCCUUGGAAGGAGUGUCCAGCUCUGCCCCGUGGUGGACCUCGUGCCCCCCCGCCAGGAGAGGACGUCGG